UGUUAUCAAAGCAGCUAUUGUUGAAAGGUUCUUUUCGCAUUUGGCUUAAACCAGAAGGGGCAACUAAUAAUAGACAACAAAACCUCAAGCCUAAAAAAAGUAGUUAAAUAUGACUAUUUUUACAAGAAUUAUUGCAGCAAAUCUGCCUAAACGCAUUGGUACACUAAAGGCUUUGCAACAAUGCGGUUAUUGUACACAUUUAAAGUACUCUGAACAUAAGCCAAUUGAGAAGAUACGUAAUAUUGGUAUAUCAGCGCACAUAGACAGCGGUAAGACUACGCUCACCGAACGUAUACUCUUUUACACCGGUCGCAUUGCACAAAUGCAUGAGGUAAGAGGCAAGGACAAUGUCGGUGCUACAAUGGACUCUAUGGAAUUGGAACGUCAACGCGGUAUUACUAUACAAUCGGCAGCCACAUAUACGAUUUGGAAGGAUUAUAACAUUAAUAUUAUUGACACACCCGGUCACGUGGAUUUCACUGUAGAGGUAGAACGUGCAUUACGUGUGUUAGAUGGUGCUGUGUUGGUACUUUGCGCCGUGGGUGGUGUACAGAGUCAAACGCUUACAGUGAAUAGGCAAAUGAAGCGCUAUAACGUACCAUGCUUAGCCUUCAUAAACAAACUCGAUCGGACAGGAGCCAAUCCCUAUCGUGUGCUCUCGCAUAUGCGUUCAAAAAUGAAUCAUAACGCGGCAUUUAUACAAUUACCAAUUGGUGUGGAGAGCGACUGCAAGGGUAUUGUCGAUUUGGUAUCUGAGAAGGCCAUAUAUUUCGAGGGUACACAUGGCAUGCAAUUACGUUAUGAUGAAAUACCACAGGAUAUGCGCGUAGAAUCUCAAGAACGUCGUCAAGAACUUAUUGAACAUCUUUCAAAUGUCGAUGAAAAAUUGGGCGAAUUUUUCUUAGAAGAAAAAACACCCUCAGAGGCAGAUAUAAAAGGUGCCAUACGUCGUUCGUGUAUUAAACGCACCUUCACACCUGUUAUGGUUGGCACUGCAUUGAAAAAUAAAGGUGUGCAACCGCUACUCGAUGGUGUACUUGAUUACUUGCCGAACCCUGGUGAAGUGGAAAAUCUAGCUUUCGCUGAGAAAGAAGGUCAAGAAGCUGAAAAGAUUGUGCUCAAUCCUGCACGUGAUGGCAAAGAUCCCUUCAUAAGUCUGGCUUUCAAAUUAGAAGCUGGCCGCUUUGGUCAACUCACCUAUUUGCGUUGCUAUCAAGGAAAAUUGCAAAAGGGUGAUAAUAUUUACAAUGCACGUACCAAUAGAAAAGUGCGUGUAGCCCGUUUGGUGCGUCUACACUCGAAUAACAUGGAAGAUGUGAAUGAAGUUUAUGCUGGUGACAUUUUUGCGCUCUUCGGUGUCGAUUGUGCUUCUGGUGAUACUUUCACUACCGACCCGAAAGGAAAUAUUUCCAUGGAGUCUAUUUUUGUGCCAGAUCCAGUUGUUUCUAUGGCAAUUAAGCCAAACAAUGCAAAGGACAGAGAUAAUUUUGCUAAGGCUGUAGCGCGUUUCACCAAAGAAGAUCCAACCUUCCACUUCUUUUUUGAUCCUGAUGUUAAAGAAACACUCGUUUCCGGAAUGGGUGAAUUACAUUUGGAGAUCUAUGCCCAACGUAUGGAACGUGAAUAUGGUUGCCCCGUAACGUUGGGUAAGCCAAAAGUAGCAUUCCGUGAAACACUUGUGAGCCCUUGCGAAUUCGAUUAUUUACACAAAAAACAAUCUGGCGGCUCAGGUCAGUAUGCGCGUAUUAUUGGUGUUAUGGAACCAUUGCCUGCUGAUCAAAAUACUGUGCUUGAGUUUGUCGAUGACACAAUGGGUACAAAUGUACCGAAACAAUUUGUGCCUGGUGUUGAGAAGGGUUUCCGUGAAAUGGCUGAACGAGGUAUGCUGUCAGGGCACAGGUUGUCGGGUAUACGUUUCCGCCUGCAAGAUGGUGGUCAUCACAUUGUAGAUUCCAGUGAAUUAGCUUUCAUGUUGGCUGCGCACGGUGCUAUUAAGGAGGUAUUCCAAAGUGGUGCUUGGCAAAUCUUGGAACCUAUUAUGAUGGUCGAGGUGACAGCGCCCGAGGAAUUUCAAGGUGCAGUAAUGGGUCAGUUAAGCAAACGUCACGGUAUUAUAACAGGCACAGAUGGUGCGGAAGGUUGGUUCACUGUGUACGCUGAAGUUCCAUUGAACGAUAUGUUCGGCUAUGCUGGAGAAUUACGUUCUAGCACGCAAGGUAAGGGCGAGUUCACUAUGGAAUAUUCGCGUUAUUCGCCUUGUCUGCCAGAAGUCCAGGAACAAUUAGUACGUCAAUAUCAAGAAUCACAAGGUUUAGGUCAGGAAAAGAAGAAAAAGAAGAAUUAACUCUCAUUAACCAUUUAAUUGUAAUAAAUAAAAAAAUAUUAAUUUUAAGGAAUACCUAUAAUUAAAAAAGAAAAUAGUAACGACGGUGUCAAGUACACAGAUUAAGCGAUCAUUGUCUAUUCCGUGUUAUGUUUUAAUUAAUAAUUUAAAAAAUGUAGAAAAAUUAAAUUAAUUUUUUAUACAACUGUGAUACAGAAAAAAAUAAAAGUGACAACCAUUAGCCACAAAUAUGAGGCUAAAUACCACGAAG